UAAAAUUUCCUCGUAUAGUCGGCAAGAGAGGGAACAGCUGGGAGGAUUAAUUCUGUUUUCUCUAGCAAGAAGUGUCUUUAAAAACUGUACCAAAUCGGAGAUAUUCAUAGCAAUCGAUAUUCAAACGGUAUAGCUAUCAACUCGUCAGUGUUGUACCGUAAUUAUAAGUAGAUAAUCACGGCGCCGGCAACCCGGGUCCUCCUCAUCGCAUCAACCGCUCCUCUCCAUAACGUUAACGGUUUCGCUGGAUUUAGACCUUUGAAAUGAUGUGUGCCACGCGUUAGAUAACUGUCUACGCCAAGUUAGCAGAGAAGGUGUGUUUUUCGUCUCCGGUUUCCCGUAUGAAUGUUUUCUUGAAGGAAAGACGAGUUUCCAGACGCCGGUACAGCUGGCAGUGUGAAAGCCGGCCGGUUGAAAUGAGGCGACAUGUGACGUGGUAGUCGGCGCUGGAGACAAACCACUAGCAUUCCUGCGUGCUCUCAGGCUUGACUGUUGAUUAAACACUCCGGUGGCUGGCACUGUAACAGAGACUUAACCAAGAAGACACCCAGGUGACUGACUGGAGCCCGGCAGCUGCCGGAUGAUGCACCAGCAGGGCUCCUUGAUGCCCCCUUUGCUCAGCGGGGUUUUCUGCCAGUGCCACCGAGGUGUCGACCCGGGCGGCGGAGGCGGGCAUGCCGAGGAGCCCUCCACAGCUUCCCACACAGCCUCCACGUCGAAACCGGUGACCCGCCAGCCUCUUGUCCCAGACAAGGACCUGGACCCCAGCCAGCCGUCACAGCCAUGUGAGCUGUGUGGAGGCCCUGAGCAGGACCACAGACUCAAAGUGCUCUUCCAGGUCCUGGAUGUCAACGGGGAUGGAGGCAUUUGUGUCAAUGACCUGACUAUUGGGCUCAAGAAAUUAGGGGUGCACCGCACUGAGCAUGAGCUCAGGAAAAUUGUGAAAGCAGGAGACAAGGACCUAGAUGGACAGUUAGACUUUGAGGAGUUUGUGCAUUAUCUCAGAGACCAUGAGAAGAAACUGCGACUUGUCUUCAAGAGCCUGGACAAGAAGAACGAUGGCCGAAUUGACUCACAAGAAAUCAUGCAGUCCCUUCGUGACCUGGGAGUGAACAUCUCCGAGCAACAGGCUGAGAAGAUUCUCAAAAGAAUAAGGAAGGGUCUUAUCUGGGCCCCUAUCAUGUAUAUGGAUAAGAACGGCACAAUGACAAUUGACUGGAACGAGUGGCGGGAUUACCAUCUACUACACCCGGCUGACAACAUUCCUGAGAUCAUCCUCUACUGGAAACACUCUACGAUAUUUGAUGUUGGGGAAAGUUUGAUGGUGCCUGACGAGUUCACAGCAGAAGAGAAGAAAACGGGGAUGUGGUGGCGACAUCUAGUGGCCGGAGGAGGAGCCGGUGCUGUGUCUCGAACCUGUACUGCUCCACUUGACAGACUCAAAGUUCUCAUGCAGGUUCAUGCCUCCAGAAGCAACAGCAUGCGCAUCGCUGGUGGCUUUGUUCAGAUGAUCCGGGAGGGCGGAGUGAGGUCGCUGUGGCGAGGCAAUGGCAUCAAUGUAAUAAAAAUUGCCCCUGAAUCAGCUAUCAAGUUCAUGGCCUAUGAACAGAUUAAACGACUAAUCGGGAGUAACCAGGAGACACUGGGAAUCAUGGAGAGGUUUGUGGCAGGCUCUCUGGCAGGAGCGAUCGCCCAGAGCAGCAUUUAUCCCAUGGAGGUGCUGAAGACACGCCUGGCGCUGAGAAAGACAGGCCAGUACUCUGGCAUUGUGGACUGUGCCAAACACAUCUUACAGAAGGAAGGCCUGGCUGCUUUCUACAAGGGUUACAUCCCCAAUAUGUUGGGCAUCAUCCCCUACGCUGGCAUUGACUUGGCUGUCUAUGAGACUCUGAAGAAUUCAUGGCUACAGAGGUUUGCCACAGACAGCGCAGAUCCUGGUGUGUUUGUCCUCCUAGCUUGUGGUACAACCUCCAGCACCUGUGGCCAGCUGGCCAGCUACCCACUAGCCCUGGUCAGGACUCGCAUGCAGGCCCAAGCCACUCAGGAAGGAGGCCCUCAGAUGACCAUGACAGGCCUGUUCAGACACAUCGUCAGGACCGAGGGAGCCAUGGGACUCUACAGAGGCCUGGCACCCAACUUCAUGAAGGUCAUUCCAGCCGUGAGCAUCAGCUAUGUUGUCUACGAGCACCUCAAGAUCACCCUCGGUGUCCAGUCGCGGUGAGGCAGGCGGCAGACAGCAUAAAGCAAGACUCCCUAAGUUCUUUUGUUUUCUUUUGAGCAGAGCAUUGAAGAGAAGACAGUGAGGAGCUAAGCCAAAUGACAGAGCUUCAGAAACUGGAGGGAAAACUUCUGUCACAGAGCUUAGUUUUUUACCCCCUCAACCGCACAUUUUAGAGGUAAAUUAAAUUCAGAAUUUUGAGGAAUUAAAUUGAGAAGAAGGGAUGUUCAGAACAAGGUAAAGAGGACACAAGAAAAUGAUAGGAGACUGUAAGGACACUAAUAUGAAGGGAAGCUAAUGAAGACUGUAUGGGCAAAACCUUGACUGAGUCAUCUGUUUUUAAGUUAUAAAAUCGUUAUUGUCACUAUUUAAAACAUUCUUUUAGCAGUCUAGUAGUGCUUCAAAUGUCAAUUGCGAGCUUAAUCUUGGCAUAGAAAGACCAAGGUUUACAUUGAAGCCAUGUAAGAUUGCUGAAAACCUGCUUGAUUUGGGGACCAAUGAUGCUGUUCAGCACUGUGGCACUAGCAUUUGUAUGAGGGAGUGAGUUACUCAAGAAUUAACUUGGAUUGUCCUUUACAUGGCAAGAGAUGUCAAUCUGGUCUGUAAUGAGAAAGAAAUAGUAGACAGACGUUGCAUUAGCCUGAUAUUCAGACUGAACGACUAUUCCGUGUACACUCCAUUAUUCAAUGCGAAAUUGCCCUUGUUGUAGCCAGAGGCAAAGGGAUUUGAAUCCUGUUAACCAAUCACUAGCAACUGAUGUAGUUCUCAGUCAACAUGGUAGCUGCUUUAGCCAGUUACAGCGCUACUGCAAAUCAGUCUAACUUAGCAACUUUAGGUUCCUUUAGAAAUGUCAGACAGUGUUGACACUUUGUGCCGUUUAUGCCAAGUCAAUUUGUUGGUGGAAGGGGUCAUAACAAAUGCAAGAACUCCAUAUUGCCAAAAAGCCAAUGAAAAACAUUUCGAUGAACAGUUCAGUGAAGUCUAAUUUCAGCUCUGCUCCAGGGCAUUUCCAUGGCCAGCCUGUUGUUAGCCCUUGGAACAGAUCUAGAAUAAUUUGAACAGUUGAGUGGGGGCCUUUCCAGCAGGGCUAGUUGAUAAAUUAAAUUCAUUUUUUGCCACAUCCCAUUGGUAGAAUGCACAAAAUAUCUUCCCCUCUCAGAAACAACUUUAACAUGCAAUGUUUCUCUGCUUUGAGUGUUUCUAGUUUUAAUUUAUUUAAAACGUCAGUAGCAACAUCUGUAGUUUUAUCAUACAUUUUCUUUUCCAGUGUUAGCUCGUAUUCUCUGAUCUCUCUGGCUCUGGAACAGCUUGAUUACAUCAACAUUUGUCCUCCCUACAAGAGCUCUGAUUGGCCCAGUCAGUUUUUCCACCAAGAAAUUCCACUUGAGUUGGGCAAUAGUAGACCAGAGUGAAUCACUAGAAUUUUUUAAAACAAUAGUGCAGUUCACAGGUCUGUAACCAGGGUAGCUUUUAAUAGACAUAUCACACAUCUUUUAUCAUGUCUGCCUAUUACAGAGCUUUUCCCCAAAAACAAAUUGUAUGAAAGCACUUCAAAUCUUUAAGCACAAAAAGUGAUCUGAAAACCCAAGCUCAGUUCUAUAUAUCUGAUAACUGGAUGUUAACCCACAUUUUUCUACAAUCCUCACUUUAGAACUCGAAAUCUGCACUUAAAUAUGAGAGACAUUGUGCUUUCUGGUUUUGAAAACACAUGAUUACGCUGCUGAGUUUAUGGCAAAUAAAAAAUGUCACCCAAAACAGAAAUGUAAUUCAUAAGGCCCUUUCAGCCUUCAACUCCAAGAAAAGCUGGCUUAAGGUUUUCAGACUAUUUUUCACAAUUUUGCAUUUACAUACAUUUCCUUUUUCAAGAAAUACCACAUCAUACAAGCUGCACACUAAUCAACAAAUGUACAUUUUGACAGAUUUUGCACGCACUAAAGAAUGUUUUGUUUCUGAAGUGUCCCACUUAAUCACCUAAUGUCAAUCAAUGUCAAUCAAACUCAUUAGUUCCAUGUGCCAAGGAGUGUAUCAAGUGGACUUGGCGGAGAGAUGGUUAAAAGACCGUGUCUGGAAAAAGGAAAUUCUGCACUAUCCUUGAAAUGAUUAUAUCACUGUCCCCCUGUUUUCAGAACUAAGUAGAUUUUUUCUUUCUUUUUUUUGGCAUUUCAGCUUUAUUUGAGAGGGUGGUAGGGAGAGACAGGAAAGGCGAGGGAGAGGGAGAGGAUAUGACAUGCAGCAAAGGGCCCGGGCAGCUGUGAUAAGGACAUAUACUUGAUAUGUGGUACACAGCAGGUGAGCCACCAGGAUGCCCCCUAACUAGAUUCUUUUUAACCAAAUUAAAAGUUUAUUGUCUGCAACCUGGAAAAUUGUCUUUUACCUUACCAUGUUAAAGACAAAACGCAAUAAUAAAAAA